AAGGGAAGUUUCCGUGCAAUUCGGGGUUGGAAUGAAGCGAGUCGAGAAAAGUCAGUAUUACGCACGCGGUUCGACCAAGUUAACGGCUUGGAUUAUAUUCCCUACCUUUCCUCAUCCAACAGCUCUAUCCUUCUCUGCGAUUCCACGCUUCUGCGUUCUACAGUACAUGAUUUCUUUGGCUCAACCGGAAACAACAGCAAAUGUUAGCGCAUGGCCUGGUCGUCUUUGAAAAUUACAACAUGACGUGGUCAAGCUCCCUUUAUUGUACCGCUUAUUCUUAUUAAAUGCGGGAAGGGAAAGCAAAUGCAGAUUCUCAUGCCAAAACCACACCAGCAUACAAAUACGAUCGUAUCGUGUCCUUUCCCGGAAUUUUAUUGCUUGCUUCUUGAGUAUUAGUACUGUGUGUGCGCUGCGUAGGUUUCUCCUUCAACAACUUUCCUCUUCUGCAAUUCCAUUUCGGGGUUUCAAACUGUUGCUAACCUUCACACGAAUGACUGCUCAUUCUGGUGUUCGGUCAUCCAAUUGUGUACUGUAGUACAAUCCGAUCAUUUUUUUUCCAUUCCCAGAAAUCUGUGAACGUCAUUAUCUUGCCAUUUUGCUCCUUGUCUGAUGGGGUGGGGGAAUAUUUACAGAAGACGUGUGAAAGUACUCACAGUUGCUUUUGUAAUCUACCUGGAUUAUAAGGCUGUGCAGCAAAGAGAAAAAUGGACUAACAAAUCAAAAAGAGCUGCAUUAUGGGAAAAGGUUCAUGAGCGCAAUGCUAAGCGUGUUCUUAGUUUGAUGAUAGAGUUGGAAGGCUUGUGGGUGAAACUUGGGCAGUACUUAUCCACACGUGCUGAUGUGCUUCCUGAGGCAUAUAUAUCCCUUCUCAAGCAAUUACAAGACUCUCUUCCACCUCGUCCCUUAAAAGAGGUUUGUCAGACUAUACAAAAGGAGUUUGGCACGACUAUGGAUGAUCUCUUUGCAGAUUUUGUGGAAGAACCUUUGGCAACGGCAUCAAUUGCACAAGUCCAUCGAGCAACGUUAAUCAAUGGGCGGGAGGUGGUGGUUAAAGUUCAGCAUGAGGGCAUCAGAGAAGUCAUAUUGGAGGACUUAAAGAAUGCAAAGUCAAUUGUGGACUGGAUAGCUUGGGCCGAACCACAAUAUGACUUUAAUCCAAUGAUAGAUGAAUGGUGCAAAGAAGUCCCAAAAGAGCUUGAUUUCAAUCAGGAAGCUGAGAAUACUAGAACCGUGUCUAGAAAUCUUGGCUGCAAAAAGUCACUUGAUGAGAACAAGUCUUCCAACCGUGUAAAUGUUUUGAUUCCAGAAGUUAUUCAGUCAACCAAAAGUGUCCUCAUUUUAGAGUACAUGGAUGGAAUUCGUCUGAAUGACUCUGCAUCUUUGGAAGCUUUUGGUGUUGACAAACAGCAGAUUGUUGAAGAAAUCACUCGUGCAUAUGCUCACCAAAUAUAUGUUGAUGGAUUUUUUAAUGGCGAUCCUCAUCCUGGAAAUUUCCUCGUAAGCAAGGAAGCCCCGCAUCGUCCAAUUUUACUUGAUUUUGGGCUUACAAAGAAACUAUCAAGCUCUGUGAAGCAAGCACUAGCAAAGAUGUUUUUGGCAUCUGCCGAGGGUGACCAUGUGGCUCUAUUGUCUGCUUUUUCAGAAAUGGGCCUCAAGCUACGCCUAGAUAUGCCUGAGCAGGCUAUGGAGAUAACAACUGUAUUCUUCCGCAGUUCAACACCAGCAAAUGAAGCUCAUCAAACCAUGAAAUCUUUGACUGAGCAAAGAGACAGAAACAUGAAGGUUAUACAGGAAAAGAUGCAACUCAACAAAAAGGAAGUUAAACGCUUCAACCCAGUUGAUGCAUUUCCGGGUGAUAUUGUAAUCUUUACACGGGUUUUAAAUCUUCUGAGAGGGCUCUCGUCCACUAUGAAUGUCCGCAUAGUAUAUCUAGAUAUCAUGAGACCAUUUGCUGAAUCUGUUCUUCUAGGAAACAUUAAUAAGAGACCAGCAGAAAAUGCACAGUGGAUCUACAACACGCCGUUCCAUUCUGAUGUAGAGGUCAAGCUGAGAAGGCUCUUAGUUGAGUUAGGAAACAACGAUAAAAUACUAGGGAUUCAGGUAUGUGCAUACAAAGAUGGGGAGGUUAUUAUUGACACUGCUGCUGGAAUGCUGGGAAGAUACGAUCCUCGUCCGGUUCAGCCCGAUACUCUUUUUUCUAUCUUUUCUGCGACCAAGGGUAUUGCUGCGGGAAUGUUACACUGGCUGGUAGACAAUGGAAAACUCAAACUUGAAGAACGUGUUGUAAAUAUUUGGCCAGAAUUUAGAGGAAAUGGAAAAGAGCACAUAAAGGUUCAUCAUGUACUUAACCAUACAUCUGGUUUGCACAAUGCAUUGGCUGACCUUAGAGCACAAAAUCCUUUGCUAAUGUCUGAGUGGGAUGAAUGUUUGAAACUGAUUGAGGCAUCAGUACCUGAGACAGAACCUGGGAAGCAGCAGUUUUAUCAUUAUCUAUCUUUUGGCUGGCUAUGUGGUGGAAUAAUUGAGCAUGCAUCUGGGAAGAAAUUUCAGGAGAUUCUUAAGGAGGCUUUCAUUCAACCACUCAAAAUUGAAGGGGAGCUAUAUGUUGGAAUUCCACCUGGUGUGGAAUCUCGACUUGCUUCACUUACGCUAGAUACAGAUGAUCUCAAGAAGCUCUCGGAAAUGCAGAAUCGAGCUGAGCUGCCAUCCACUUUCCAACUCAACAACAUUGCUGAGUUUGCAACUUCCUUGCCUGUUUUCUUUAAUAUGCUUAACAUCCGCCGUGCUAUCAUACCUGCUGCAAAUGGACAUUGCUCAGCCCGUGCACUUGCACGCUACUAUGCAGCCUUAGCUGAUGGGGGUGUGGUACCACCACCACAUUCCUCUGCUUCAAAUCCACCACUUGGCAGCCAUCCCCAUAUCCCCAAUUUUCCUUCCAGAAAGGCCCAUAAAAAGCAAAAGGGUAAACGGACUAACGUGGUAGAUGCUGCUUUCAAGAAUAAAACUAAGGAUUGUAGACAAAACAGUUACACCCUGAUUGUCAAUGAGGGUGGCAAUAGUAGCAGUAGCAGCAUUAUAACUGACUGCAGUGCAAACAGGGAUGGUCCUCAAAAUCAGAACAGCAAGAUUUUCUCUAACCCUAGGAUUCAUGAUGCAUUCAUGGGUACAGGUGAAUAUGGGAAUUUGAGUUUGGCAGAUGGGAUAUUUGGACUAGGAUUUAGAAGGCUCAAAUCAAGGGAUGGGUCUUUUACUGGUUUUGGGCACUCAGGUAUGGGUGGAUCAACAGGUUUUUGUGAUAUUAAGAACCGGCUUGCUAUUGCAGUGACCCUUAACAAGAUGUCAUUUGGGGGUGUGACUGCAAAGAUUAUUGAGCUUAUUUGUUCAGAGCUAAAUGUCCCAUUGCCGGAGGGUUUAUCAGGAUCUGGUGAGAGGGGUUUUGAUGUGAACAGACCACUGAUUAAUUAAGAUUUUACCUUGUGGUAUGGUUACAUGUAUACUAGUUUUCAUCCACACGCAUUAAUGAUGUGUUUAUAGAGUUAUACUUGCUCUGAUUCUAUUCAUAAUAAGGAGGAAGAAAAGCAGCCCAUGAUGGAAUGGAUGGACAAUAUGUAACUUAUACUUCUUACAUAAACGAAAAUUUCCUGCAUAAUGGACAGUAUAUAUGAUGUGAUUUUGUGUUUUAAUAAGAUCCACUCCUAUUAAUUUCAUUUAUUAGUAA